AUGUCGUUCGGCCAGCUGCCCGAGCCGGGCCGAAUGUUGCCUUGGACGGGCCCGAUACUCUUCACAUUCGCCUCCACCUUCACCACCGAUACCCCCAACACCUCCAAAUAUGCCACCAAAGCCUCCGCCGCCUCCACCACCAACGCCACCACCGCAUCCACUGUCAAUAACAUCAAAACAUCCAACACCAGUACCCCAACCAUAUCCAACACCAGUAAUCAAACCAUAUCCACCACCAGUACCCCAACCAGCUCCACCACCAGUACCCCAACCAUGUCCACUACCAGUACCCCCACCAAAUCCACCACCAGUACCCCCAUCAGCUCCACUACCAGUACCAAUACUAGAUCCACCACUAGCACCCCUACCAGUUCCACCACCAGUACCCCCACCAGUUCCACCAUCUGUAACACCACCAGCUCCACUACCAGUACCCAUACUAGAUCCACCACUACCUAUUCCACCAACAAGACUCCCACCAAUUCUGCCUCCUAG